AAUCCAGUGCAACCUCAAAUUCAGGACUUAAAUAUAUCACCAAAAGUUCAAACAAACCAGCGGGUACAGAUAAUCGGAACUUCUCUCAGCAACGGGCAUAUAGAUUGAACAUUCGGCCAUUGAUCAUGAACGGAACACGCAAAGAGGAGGAAAAUGACUCAGGCCAUUAUGUGGAUAUUCAAAAUGAAUACACAGAUCUGUCAAAAGAAGCGGGUGACAACAACUCAUAUGCUGAACUGAAAGGAAUGCCUUCAGCAACAUCAAGGAAUUGGGAAAAGAGAGAGGUAACUGGAAAACAGAUAAAUGAAAAUAACAAAUGUCUAAAAAGACUGUUCCUGGUACUUGUCUUCAGCAUAUUCAUCAGUGCCACUUGCACAAUAAUAACCUUAUCCUACCUUCAACUGAGUCAAAUUAGCGAUAAGUUGAGGAAUAAUAAACAAAAGUAGGACAGUUGUGAAAAUUAUAUAUCAAAUUCGCAGGACAUUUUCGAUGCAUAGGGAUUUGAUAUUUUUAUUUUUAAGAAUUUUCUAACAUACAUAGAUACAACUCCUAUUACUAAUGCAAAUUCUCACAUUGCUAUAAUAAUUAAUAAUAACGAUAACAGAAAUAACAUAUUUCAGGGAGCAGAGGCCACAGUUUUCUUAUCAGCUUUAUCCAAAGUCAUCCCAUAGCAUCUAAAGAAAAUAGAACAAUACUUGUGUCAUCCGAAAGCGAUUUUAAUAUAACUGUUGAACUUGCGGAUGGUCAAAGUUCGGAUUUAAUAUCCACAUCUACUAGACAAAGUGGAAACGUAAACUUGAAGAAAAUAAAUGUUCACUAUUCCAUUGUUCCGGAAUAUUUUACCAUUGAAUCUGAAGCUCUUCUCGUUCAAACCUCAAUGUUUACUUCUGUAUCAAGUAUGUUAAGUUUGGAGAGAACUUCAGAGGUACCAAUGUUUUUCCUGUCAACAAGCUUUCAACAUAUUACAUUUUGUCCACAGCAACACCAGCUAGAUCUCAUUUUGACACCGGAAGCCAUUUUACAAUUGCGUCAACAAUGGAUAAUACACUCAUAAGUAUACGUUUUGCAAUAGAUCGGAAAACUGUUAUAGCGUUACAAGGAAAGAAUUACGGUGAUGGUGACACAUUUACUAUUAUUCUUAGCAAGUAUCAAACAUUUAAAAUCGGACAUCUAGCUGAUUUGUCGGGAACAGUGAUCAAUGCAGCAUUGCUUCAAAUCCGAUAGCUGUUUUUGCUGGAAACAAAUGUAAUAUGAUCAGAGACUAUGGAAGAUGCAAUAUGCUUACGGACAUGGUUCCGCCAGUGGAUGAAUUUGAUAACAUUUUUAUUGUGCCUCGGAAUAUUUAUCGUUAACUAACACAAAUUCGAGUGCUAGCUUCUUUUCAUACUUCGGUUACAUACACAGUUAAAGGAAACAAAACAUCAAGAGUUCUUUACCAAAAUGAGUAUA